UCAUCCUUUUCAAUGCCAGGAUCUAUCCAUGUUUCAGUUUUAGAAUUGGUUGGACUUCCAUCUUCUCCACAGUCUUCAUCUAUGUGUAGUAUUAAAGUGUCCAUAGGAAAGCAAGCACAUGAGAUGCAGGAUAAGGAUGGAGCCUCUUUGUAAAAUCACUUAACUUCAUGUUCAAUUGAUGUUUCUAACACUAUGUUUACUUGCUUCUGUUAAGAAAUCAACUCAACCAAAAGCUUAAGUUGAUGGUCGAGGCCCUAAAAUAUGUUAUAUACUCUAACACGCCCCCUCACAUGAGAGCCUAUUGGGCUAGAAGAUGGGUUGUCGUGUGGAUGCGCAUGUAAAGGCGCUGAAUAUUUAAUUUUAAAUGAAGGGUGAUUGAGAUUCGAACCUGUGACCUCUUAUCACGUUGGCUUCUGAUACCAUGUCAAGGAACUAACUCAACCAAAAGCUUAAGCUGAUGGUUGAGGCCUCAGGAUAUGUUAUAUACUCUAACACAGCUUCUAAUGGUUUAUUUUGUACUUUUUUGGAUUUAUUAGCCCGUUAGCAACUCUAAGAGACAAUCUAAAUGUCUCAAUACUUGAUGCUCAAGGGAAUGAAAUUGCAUUCACAGGUUUGUAUUUAUGUUGAAACUAGAUCAAUUGCGGAAAAAGGUAUAUGGGAUGAUCUAUUCCCCCUUAAAGGCGGAGGCAAUAUCCGAUUGAAACUAACAUUUAACCUUACUCAAAAUGAACUAAACCGAAUUCGUAGCAUGAGAGAAUCCGCGGCUAGGAAAAAACAAGAGGAUCUUAUGAAGAGGAGUCAUAGUAGUUCAGAACUAGCAGGUUCAUCUGGUGGUAGUUCACAAGUUUCAGUCAAGGAGAGUAAUGUGGGACCUACCAACAACCAAGCUAAAUCCGGUGUUAAUUUUGUGAACAACGGUCAUGCUGAUCAGAAGAAAGAAGGAUUCACAACGUCUAAAUCAACCGGGGCAUUCAACAAAUUGCCGGAUCAAUGGAUGAAAGAGCGAAUUCAGGGACGAGACAUGAAGCAGCAAAAUCAGUUGGAUAAAAAACCGAGCAAUGAAGAAUCACCUGCUACUAAUAAAACGAUGGCAAGAACUGAAUUAAGCAGUAGAACUACAGCUGAUAUUCCCUCCAAAGUCGCAAGCGUAAAGAAGACGGUUACUAUCAACACUAAACCAGUUUUUACCAAACUAGAAACCUCGACUCCUUCAUUGCCGGAGGAAACAGAGAAAGAAAUUGGCCAAUUAACCAAUAAAACUGAAAUGGAUCCUCCUAAUGUAACUCCAAGCCUAAAGAAGCCUCUUUGUAACAGUAGUAAACCAGUUUCGUCGAGAUUUAGAAUAGCAGCGUCUCUGUUAACAACAGAAGUAGGAAAUGAAAGAUGGGGCGUGUUAUCUGAUAGUAGUGAAUCAAAUGAAACAACUUCGGUAAGAAUUAAUACGAAUGUGGAUGCUCCUAUUAACACGAAACCUGCAUUGUCGAGAUUUAGGACUCCACAAUCGCGUUUAAUCUCAGAGACGUCAGGAAAAGGAAAAGUGUUAAGCAGUAAUACCCAAAAAGUGUAUACAUCUGAACGAACUACAACAUUUUCUUUGAAGACAUUACUCGAAGCUUUACCAAGACUAAAGAAGUUUCCUUCCGAUAAAUUCAAGGAGUAUGAGUUUUCUACAAGUGAUUCUUAUCUAAAGGAGAAAAAAUGGAGAAGCAAACGAUGGAAAUCUUCACAAGAUAGAGCAAUAUCGAAAGCCUUUCAUGGGAUUGAGCAUCAUGCAAUCGAUAGUUUUCGUGGAUGGAUAUUCUUGAACGAAGUUAUUUACCGGUGUGUUGUAAGUGAUGAUAGACCGUUUGAAGAUCGUGUUCCUGAAGAUUCUCAUUCUGAUUGCAGCCCUCGGCUAGAUGACCAUGAUAAGGCGACACAUAUGGUUGAUAAGAGUAAAAACGAGAAAAAUUCUAUUGAAUCGAACAACUCGGAGUCUAGCGAAAGACAUAGCAACAAACUCUUUACUGGACCAACCGGGCAGGUAAUGAGGAUUGCAUUGAUGGUAGGCUUUGCUCUCCUUGUAAUCUUCAAAGACAGAAAAAAAUAAAGUGAAUACAGGAAGGGGUUGAUUUGCAACCAGUGUAGGAUGAGAGUUUCAUACAUAAACAUCAAAUUAAGUCUAUGUAAAGAUACACAAAUUACUUUUGCUAAUGUAGUACUAAGUUCCUUAUUUU